AUGGCUGCUGCUAGAACACUUCGCAUAGGUCUCAUCCCCGGUGAUGGUAUCGGACGGGAGGUCAUCCCGGCCGGAAGACGGGUUCUGGAGUCUCUUCCCUCUUCUUUGAACCUCAAGUUCAACUUUGUCGACCUUGAUGCCGGUUACGACACCUUCAAGGCCACCGGUACUGCUCUGCCCGACAAGACCGUGGACAUUCUGAAGAAGGAAUGUGACGGUGCUCUGUUCGGAGCCGUCAGCUCCCCCAGCACCAAGGUCGCCGGUUACUCCUCCCCCAUUGUCGCUCUCCGCAAGAAGCUGGACCUUUACGCAAACGUGCGUCCCGUCAAGACUACCGUCGGUGGUGGUCGCGACCCCAUUGACUUGGUCAUCGUCCGUGAGAACACCGAGGACCUGUACGUCAAGGAGGAGCAGACCAAGGAGACCCCCAACGGCAAGGUUGCCGAGGCUAUCAAGCGUAUCUCCGAGAACGCCUCGUCACGCAUCUCCACCAUUGCUGGUGAGAUUGCGCUUCGUCGCCAGAAGAUCCGCGAUGUGUCUGCCGCUGGCCGCUCCAAGGCCAUGGUGACCAUCACCCACAAGUCCAACGUCCUCUCGCAGACCGACGGUCUCUUCCGUGAGACUGCCCGCAAGGCUCUUGCCGCUGAGCGUUUCUCUUCCGUCGAGGUUGAGGAGCAGAUUGUCGACUCCAUGGUCUACAAGCUCUUCCGUCAGCCCGAGUACUACGAUGUCAUUGUUGCCCCCAACCUGUACGGUGACAUCCUGUCCGACGGUGCCGCUGCUCUCGUUGGUAGCUUGGGUCUGGUCCCCAGUGCCAACGUCGGUGACGGUUUCGCCAUCGGUGAGCCCUGCCACGGAAGUGCCCCCGACAUUGAGGGCCGCGGAAUUGCCAACCCCAUUGCCACCCUGCGCAGUGUUGCCCUGAUGCUGGAGUUCUUGGGUGAGGAGACCGCUGCUGCCAAGAUCUACGCUGCCGUCGAUGGCAACCUGGACGCCGGCAAGUACCUUUCUCCCGACAUGGGUGGAAAGGCCUCUACCGACGAGGUUCUCAACGAUGUUCUGAAGAGAUUGUAA